AUGGAUAACCAUAAAGUUAGUAAUUCGAAUAAAAGGCGGAUAGCACCGUCGAGACGUAAAAGUUUACGAAAAGAUAUCACAAAUAGUUUUCGACAUAUUCUUGGUUACCAUAGAUUAUGUGAACCGUAUUUUUGCAAUGGUCCUAAGCCAAACGAAAUCAAUUAUAUUGACGAAGCUCUGACUACUGGUUUGUUAGAAGAAUUUAUUCAAAUAGUAAACCGCUUAGCAAAUAAUGCUGAAAGUUUAUUGAUGAACGUUGACAAUAAUAUUUGUGAACAAUUUAAUAGCAUCAUAAAUAAACACCUUUCCGGCAAACGAAUAAAUUUUUCACAAAGACAUAAUUACAAUGUCCGAGUAGAAGCAGCUUUACUAUCUCACAACACAUCUGGAAAAUACAUACGUACUAUUCAUAAAGCAUUAGUUCAAGAUAAAAGUCCUGGAGAUGUUGGUAAAAAGUUCUUAAUUUCAAAAGAAAAGAAAAAUGAUCAGAGAAGAAGACGUAUGUUAUUUAAUGAAAAUGUACCUAGAAACACUAAACAUUACGGUCCGGACGCUGAUUAUGGGUUAGCCGAACCUCUAGAAAACGACGAACCCUUUGACUAUGACGAAAUUAAACUUAAAUUUUUAAACACAUUAUGUAUGAAUAUGUAUCAGCGAAAUACUUUAGAAGAAGAAACUCGAAGUCAAUCAAAUUCUAAGAAGUGGCACAUAGAAAGACAAAAGAGAUUAACUGCCUCAAAUUUUGGACGCGUAUGCAAAAAAAGAGCCACUACAUCAUGUAAAAAUCUGGUAUAUGAUUUAGUAUACAGAACUUUUAGUUCAAAGGCUACGGAAUAUGGGAAAGCAAUGGAAUCUUCGGCAAUUGCAGAUUUCGAAAAAACUAUGUUUUUAAAAGUUAAGCCAUGUGGUUUAUACUGCGAUUUAGAAUACCCAUUUUUGGGAGCCAGUCCAGAUGGAGUGAUUGAUGAUGACACUAUUAUUGAAGUUAAAUGUCCAAUAUCAGCUAAGGAUUAUGAUAAUUUUAUUGAUGCUUUCAAUGACAAAAAGUUGCCACAAUGUGAACUUUUUGAUAAAAAAUUAAAAUUAAAAAAAAAUAGCAACUAUUACUACCAGAUCCAAGGACAAAUGCAUAUUUGUAAAAAAACAAAAUGUUAUUUUGUAAUUUAUACUAGCUAUUGGACAAGUAUUGAAAGAGUAGAUUAUGAUGACGAUUUUUGGCAGACUAAAAUGGCACCAAAAUUAGAAAAUUUUUAUAUGAACUGUCUACUGCCGGAAUUGAUCAAUCCACAAUUUGGAAAGAGGUUACUUGUUUCCGAUAUAAAAGACCCGCGGUGA